AUGGAAUGCCGGUUGUGUUGCAAAACCUUCUUAACUGUCAAAGAAGUCGUAAUACACGAACGUGUGUCCCAUGCAAGGGUGCGAAAGCUUUCCUCGUAUGAGUGCGAGUACUGUGGAGAUUGUUUCGCAACUAAGCAUGUGCGCGAUAAUCAUCUCCUGAGGCACUUUGAAGAAAGUAUUGGUGAUAUCUGGGAUCGCGUGGAGCAAAUGCAAUGUGAACUAACAGGUGUGGUAGUGAUAAAUCAGUGCCCAAUAUGUUCGUCAGUCCUGGCAACUAGAAGAAGUUUUCGGGUGCACGUUGUACAGAAGCAUCUGCUGAAGGAUCCAGAAGUGUUUUUAGGUCAAUUUUUUUUCAUUGUCAAGUCGACGUUUUCACUGGAUUCCUAG